AAUCUUUUUUCCUGCCCAGGUGAACUGAACAUCAAAAUGCUGUAUCAUUCAGGCAUACAACCUUUGGAAACCAUGGCUUUCAAAAGAUGAGAUUUCGCCAAGCACAAGAUGGCAAAAGCACAAUAUUAUUCUAAUCUGGAGCUUGGAAUUCAAGAAAUGACACAAUUUGAAAAAGAACUGGUACCUGUGCCUGAAUGGAAGAAGUUUAGUUAGUAAAUUGGGUACUGGCACAUGACGGAGCUGGAGAUGGUGCAUCUCUCUAGUCACCACAUCAUCAUCAGUUUCCCUCAUCUUGCUCUGUCUGCAUUCUUCACAACAUUCCUUGGAUGUACUCUAUGCCUCAUAUCAGCAUACAUCAUGUAUGGCAGACGAAUAUGUGACACUGAUUGUGGGGCCUACAACAUUUGGCCAUCCAUCAGUGCUGUGACAGGAGUGAUUCCCCAGCGAUACUUUUGGAGAGCCUGUGUGGCUUUUUGGCUCUUCCCAAGACUCCUUCUUGUGGCAGCCUACAACUCUUUCUUUGCUAAAUCUACCUUCCAAGUCAGCAAGUCCAGCCAAGCAAAUUACUCCCGAUUGCGUCGUGUCGCUCUUUGUGUACAUAUCUUAGAGGUAGUGUCUUUUGUGGGUGGGAACUUCAUUGCGAACAAGGAGAAUUAUCCAUAUCACGAGAAGUGCUUCAUCGUCUAUACGGCUGCAUCCGAGACGUACAUGUUACUCCACCUACUACUCAUAUGGAAGGUCUCAGCCAGAAAUUCAUUGAGGGCUCCCCGAAUCCAGUGGCGUUGCCUCAAAAUUGUCAUCGCAUGCACUACCAUCCUAUUUACUGCUUUUAUCUUACACAGAAAAACCUGCCUCAACUACGCAUUCUCAGUAUUCUCACUGAUGGAGUACCUGAUAGCCCUGACUCACACCAUCUUCCAUUCAAGUUCCGUGUUGGAUUUCUCGGAGGAAGUUCUCGUGCUUGGGGUCCCAGUUGAUAGCCACAAGUCCUGCCUGAUGAAGGAACACAAAGGAUAGGCCUCAUUGCAUUGCAUUUCCCCCUCCUCUUUCCAUAGUCCGACACUGCUUCCCUUUCCAACCGGUUCUCUUUUUGUUUAGUGGAUCUAGAAUGUGCAGGGAUCACUUAGGGAAUGUCUGAUCUCAGAAGGUUUGUGGUAUUUAUAUAUUGAUUAAUUUGAAAAUUAAUAUCCCCCAUUUAAUAUAUGUAUAUAUAAAUAAUUUAAAUGCAUAUUUAUUGUGGCACAUUCAGCACUAAUUUACUUGUUGGUGUUCAGUUUUGCCAUCUGAUCUAGUCAUUUGCAUGGUGAUAUUUUGUAUUUUCAUUUGUUAUUUUUUGUUUUACAUUCUUUGAAAGUUGUUCUUUUGUUGCAAUAUAGAGAUGUGAUUCUAGCUGUGAUGAAAUGUAAUCAAAAGAUGUAGUAAUGGAAAGCUGAGGGAACAAAUACUCACUGGACUUUCACAAGUUUUGAACGUGACAUUAACUAUUUAGCUUCACCAUAUAUUGUUGGGAAUGUGGAAUCAUGAGGGAGUUUUCUAAUGAAUUAAUGACUUGAAUGUGAUCCAGUAAUGAUGUGAAGCAUUGUUGAGCAAAGAAAAAGGCAGGCAAACUGAGAUUAAUAUUGAAAAUUUUUCAUAAAAAGUUGUGCAUUAGGAAAAGGGAGUAGAGAGGUAAGUGAAUGUUUGGUCAAAAUGUCCUUUUUUGGUACUAGUAACCUAUGAACCUAAUGAUAGCAUGCUUUAGUUAAUAUGUUUAGUUCCUUUUAUGUUCUUUUUUUCAUAUGUACUCUUGUUUAUGUAACAUUUUAAAAAUAAUCAUGAAAGGUGGUUAUCUUGCAUUUCUAUUUCCUAAUUUUGAAUGACCCCUAAAGCAGUAUUUAACUCAUCCCAGUGAAAUGUGCCACUAUGUCAUGAUCUUUUUAGUCAUCCACCAACUUUUGCAGGGUAAUCGACAUACCUGUGUUCACGAUGUAUUUCUCGUGUCGCUCCCUUUUCGUACCUUCUACCGAGCUUCGAACUUGGCAUCUAUUAUCUUCACUAUGUGUGGAUGAUGCUGGGGGGGACAAGUUACACCCUGCAUAGAGAAAUGAGACUAAAUCUCAUGCUAGUUUGCUAGAACUUGAGAAGAAUUAAAGAUCACUGGAGGAUCUUUCGUAGAUGUGAUAUAUAUUUUCUUGCACUUCCAUCGAGAGGACGUCGUGCCGUCUCGCCGCCGCGUCUCGCGGUUCGGAGCGGGAACGACCGCUCUCGCCGAGGGAACGACUCCGAACGUGUUCGUGUAUUGCAUGUUUCUUACUACUGUACUUCGCAAUUCGUAUGUUGUGAUGAAAACCCUGCUUCCUUGUAGCUGUCAACAUUGGCAUGCAUUAUUCCCAUUUUGCUGACUUGCAAUCCAAUAAUUGCAGGUCAUGCGAGUAAUGAAAGUCUUGUACCUCAUAUUUAUUAGUCAUUCAUGGAAUUUUAUCCUCUUGGAGAUAUGCUUAAAAAAUGGUACUAAAUGUCUAACAACCUUACAAUGACUGAGC